AUGGCUGCCGGCCGUGAUGUCCUCAAUGUGCCGGAGCUUCUCGAGGCCAUGCCAGCGUGCGCUGUGCCACCGGAAGUUGAAGCGAUUCUGCUUUCUAUGGGGUACCCAGAGAUCCGCCGCUGCACGAAGCACAAGGUAAGCUUUCAUGCCACAUACUUUUUGGACUUCGCCGGGCCACUUCCUUCGGGCGCAGAGGGACGCGCGGUCCUUCAGAUGAUUGGAUCCGAGCUGGGGGACAAAGAGCUCUUCCACUUGCAGAAGCCGAUCAGCGCGGAGUCCAUUGUCCGAGCAACUGCGCUGGCCAAGGACGCUGGCAUCCGCGUGCCGCAGAUUCUGGCCAGUGGAAAGGUGGAGUCCUGGGGACCGCUUUCCGAUGUACCUUUCCUCGUCUACGAGUUUGUGAACACAGCCACGGUGGAGGAUGAGCGGGUUGCACCCGGCAAGGAUCUACGGCUGGCCAUAUCCGACGUGCAGGAAAAGCUGAAAUGUUUUAGCCUGACGGGCAUCGACACCGAGCCGUUGCCCCGUUUCGAGGAUUGCUUCGAGUUUACGGCCUACCUGCGCCAACUCGCAGAACAGAUCCAGGCACAGGAUCUGGUUGAAGCUUUGCUGAACAUGGAUCGCAACCUGCACGCGGCAGGCAUCGUGCCAAUACCGCCCACGCUCAUCCACCAGGAUUUGAAUGACGGCAAUGUCCUUUGCUCACCUGAUAGCAGUGGGCAGUGGAAGUUCGAUGCCCUCAUUGAUUGGGAAGGUGCUGUGGUAGGCGAUUCACGUCUGGCGUAUGAACAUGGGGAGCCCUGGAACGCCUUGGGCAAGCUUGCAAGAGUUGUCAAGAUCCGGUGGCUCAUGGCUGUCGCAUCGGGCACUCUCCAAGAUGCAGCCCUUCCUCGCUGUUGCGCGGAGGAGUUGGUGGAGGACUACGAAGAGCUUUCUGACUUUCUGGUGCGCAGUGGUUGGCUCAAAUUUUCCCUGCUGCCCUUCAAGCCGGUGCUGCUGCCGGUGGUGUUCAGAUAUGCUCGCGGCAUGUCCGUGGAGCACUGGAUGUACUCAGACAGGUACGGGCGGGACGAGGAAGGUGCUGGUGGUGGCAAAGGACUCACUAACUUCAUGGACAGCACCUUUCCCGAGUUCCAGCGUCACGAAGCUGCAGCGGACCUGAAGACAUGGUGGACUUCGGACGAACCGCGGAUACUGGUGGUGGGCCCCUCCUCGAGCAGCAGGGCGGCGAAGGCCGUGGACUUCAUGCCAGUGCUGCGAUUGGCGCACGUUUGGGCGGAGUUCUUUAGUUUUGCAUCGGCCGAUGCCAAACUCGUUGCCGAGACCCUCGGCUCCGAGUACGCUCUGGAGCGGGGUCAGACAUGGGCGUUGAUGUUGCGAAGCGGAGGUGACGUUAGCAGGACCCAGGUCCGAAACGUGAGGGACAUGGCACCCCUCAUCCAGGACUUUAUCUCUGAGCAGAUCCCCCGGCAAGCACCUGUCGCGACAGAGCGCAACUUUCAGCAGCUGUGCGGCGACCGAGCGCUCGGUGGAAGCACGAGCCGAACGUACUGCUUGAUCCUGGUGGACCGGAAUGCUGAACAGACCGCCAAAGCCCUUCGAGAACUUGAGUCCUCGCAGAAGGCCUACUACCAGGAGGUGCAAGAGAUCCGAAAUGCUGGGGAGGACGCUGAGGAGCCCUUCCGAAUCCAGCCGGUGCGCGUUGCCUCAAGUGGGUCUCGCUUUCCCUGGAGCCCCGCCGGGCCAGGGCCCAGCUUCCCUGCCGUUUGGGCGGAGGCCUCCCAGGCCUGGGCCUUUGUACUGGACAUGGAAACGCGCAAGUUCGCCGGCGUGAAGACACCGAGCCUGAAUGAACUCUUCCAAGGCAUCGCUUACGAGGACUUGAAGCUCUCAGAGCUCAACGAGGAUGGGCCUCCUCUUUCACGCCUCUUCUCGGACCCAGAGACGACGCUGCGUCGGGAAGUGAGCGCUAUCCUCUCGACCAGCUUGGGUGCAUGCUUUGCAUACCUGCUGGUGGCCGUCGUCGUUUCGAUUUCUCCAGUUUUGCAGCCGGCCUGUGGUCUCGUGGCUCUGAAUUUCUGUCCGCUUUCCCGCCCGUCUGAGAAAGUUGCAUGCAGCCAACAAGGCAACGAGCCUUUAAAGGGCUGGCUACGGGAGAAGGGUGGCUGCUGGCUUGAACAGCUGGACGUGCAGAGAAUUCCGGGUCGUGGCCGUGGUGUUGUCGUCUCUCAGUCCGUCCCCUGUGGAAGAACCUUGGUGGAGAUUCCCUGGACUUUGAUCAUCAGCCGCAAGCUGGCCAAAGAGGAUGCUGAUGUGCAAGCUUUGCUUCACGACUUGGCUUGGACGGACGACGGUAGUCGCGCUGUUCGACUUUGGCUCCUGCGCCAUGCAGAAGAUGCAACGUCGCCUUGGUGGCCCUGGCUGAACCAACUUCCGGAGGAGGACAGUGCGGGAGCAGGCUGUCUCCCCGUAGUACUCGCGCAGCAGAGCCACGACGCGUUGCUCGGGACUCCCUUGCAACGGCAGGCAGAGCUUCUUUUGCAAAGUUUGAGAGAAGAGUGGGAAGCCCUGGACCCACUCAGAGCAAAUCACAGCUGGAUUCCACUCUCAUGGCACAGAUGGCUUUGGUGUCAGGCGAUUGUCUCAACAAGGUCUGGCACGUUACCUGUGGAAGGCACGGAGGAAGAGGUGCAGUGCAUUAUUCCCAUGCUCGAUUUUCUAAACCACAGUACAGAACCAAAUGCCUGCAUCGUUGGUACCCCAACGUCUGCAAAGCUUGUUUCCGUGCAAGACAUCGAAGGGGGUCAGGAGGUGAUGAUUUCUUACGGUAGCCACAGUGCAGAGCAGUUUCUUUUCGCGUUCGGCUUUCUGCCCGAGUGUUCCGCGGAGAUCGUCGUGCCACUUGCACUUACGGAGGCAUCGGCCGGAAAGCGGGUUGAGUUGUUUGGACAUGGAAGGCCAGCGUGCCUUCGUGGUGACGACGCGCUGGAGAAGAUGCUGCAAGUUUUGGCAGCAGAACCGCAGUUCCAGACCUGGACCCGACGAAGACUGCUCGAGCACCUGCAGUCUCUCUUUGAGGCUUGGCACCACGAGCUCACCAGGGUCACCAGGACAUCUUUCUUCGCACUUUGGCGGAAGCCGUACCCGGAAGCAGAAAGCCUCCGGCUUUGCUACGCUAGAGCUGUAGUUCGGCUUCUCCGCGAGGUGCGGACUGAGCUCUCGACUCAUGCAGAAGACCGUAUGGAGGAAAGUAUGACCAGAAGGGAGGCACACGCCACAUGCAGCAGGGGCUGUGACCACUGUGUGACGGUGCCAUGA